AUGAUGAGCAACUACACGGACGGCGAGGAGGACACGGUGGCGCUGCUGGCUCAUGACAGCGGCGGCAGCAAGGAGCCGGAUCGGGGCAAGGAGGAACUGAGCGCGGACAAGGGCCCCGAGAAGCCGGACCCCUCGCAGAAGCCCCCCUAUUCCUACGUGGCCCUGAUCGCCAUGGCCAUUCGGGAGAGUGCGGAGAAGAGGCUUACGCUGUCCGGGAUCUACCAGUACAUCAUCAGCAAGUUCCCUUUCUACGAAAAGAACAAGAAAGGCUGGCAGAACAGCAUCCGCCACAACCUCAGCCUCAACGAGUGCUUCAUCAAGGUGCCCCGGGAGGGCGGCGGCGAACGCAAGGGCAACUACUGGACCCUGGACCCCGCCUGCGAGGACAUGUUCGAGAAGGGCAACUACCGCAGAAGACGAAGGAUGAAACGGCCUUUCCGGCCGCCUCCGACCCACUUCCAGCCGGGCAAGACCCUCUUCGGCCCCGACAGCUACGGCUACCUGUCCCCGCCCAAGUACUUGCAGUCCACCUUCAUGAACAACUCGUGGCCGCUGGCGCAGCCCCCCGCGCCCAUGCCCUACACGUCCUGCCAGAUGUCUGGUGGGAACGUCAGCCCUGUCAAUGUGAAAGGACUCUCGGGCCCGGCGUCCUACAGCCCCUACUCGCGGGUGCAGAGCAUGGCGCUGCCCAGCAUGGUGAACUCCUACAACGGCGUGGGCCACCACCACCACCACCACCCGCACGCCCACCACCCCCAGCAGCUCAGCCCGGCCAGCCCCGCGCCGCCCGCGGCCCCGGCGGCAAACGGAGCCGGCCUCCAGUUUGCCUGCGCCCGUCAGCCCGCCGAGCUGUCCAUGAUGCACUGUUCUUACUGGGAGCACGACAGCAAACACAGCGCCCUGCACUCCCGCAUAGACAUCUAGGGAGGCUCCGGCCAGCCGCCGUCACAGCAAUGCACCGGCCCCGCUGCCCCUCUCCUACCCCGCCGCGUUCCCCUGCGCUCCGCGUCUCUCCUCCUCGUCUCUAGUCACGGACUUCCCUCUCUCUGUGCCCAAACUCUAGCGGUGGGGAAAUAGCAGCUUUGCCCCGCGCGUAGUGUCAGUGUAGGACCGUCCCUCCAUGAGAAGAAAGCAGUGUAAGUGUGGGGGUUCCCCGCGGGGCUGCGCCGGGCAGCGGCGGCCGGGCCGCCUCUCUCCGGGCGA